UAGUCAAUUUAUAUUCAGUGCUUAGGGAAAAGGGACCCGUAAGACUUGAGUUAAGUGGCAUGCGCACAGACAUUAAACGCCUACGGUAGAUAAACACCAGUUAUUUCUUUGUGGACUCUGCGCGGUUGAAGAAGGUCACGAACCUGCUAUAAAAAUAAACUGAAAAAGAGCUAUUUUAAUAAGACAGGAUGGGUACGACAUGUAUGUGUUAUUCCAAAUAGGAAGAUGAAAUCCAUAACAAUUUAUUUGGAAAAUGAUGUUGUUUCGUGAAAUGUAGAAUUCAAAACGGAGAACAGUUUAUUCUGAACCAUGAAUUCCAGCACAGGGCCAUGUUAUAGAACUAUGAGUGCUGUUGCACUGUGCUUGUACUUCUUCUGCUGUACUUGGGAUGUGAAUGGACUUUUGGCUACAACGACUGAAAGAGCACUACCACCACCGCCACCACCCUCACCACCAGCAAUAACAACGGCAAUGAAAGCAUCACCAGCAGCAGCAGCAACAAUAACAAAAGUUCCACCAGCAACAAAAAUAAGAGUAAAAGCAGCGCCAUCACCACCGCCGCCACCGCCGCCACCACCACCACCAACAACAACGGGAUAUAACGGGAGCACACUAACAGUCGACCAAUUUCCGCAAUGGAUCCCAAUGACACCCCCACCCCCUCCACUUUUAAAAGUCAUGUCUCCACCGCCUGAUUCUCCAGAGUACGUCUGUGGAGGACCUGAUCGCGAGCCCCCGCCCCCUGGCCACGAUGACAUACCCAGUUGUUCCUACUACGCCAGAAUGUUAACGUGCGAAGGGCAUUGCGGUAACGUCAGCAGUCAACGGGGCGGCAUUCCAAAGUGGUGUUCUUGCGACCACCUGUGUUAUCUUUACGGGGAUUGUUGCCCGGAUGUAGAAGCAAAAUGCCCGGAUGAAAAGACGAAGUAUGAGCUUAGAAAAACAACCCUGAACUUUAACCUGAGCUAUCAUCCGGGGGCCACGUGUCAAACUCUGAAGUACCGUUUUGCCUCAAUAUACAUGAGCUCAAUAAUGAAUGUGCUUGUUUUUGGUAAGUGUCCGACGGACUGGGUGUCUGACACAAUCUUGGAUGCAUGUGAGAUAGAAGGCAAUCCUUGGGAACUUGAUUUAAAAUACAUUUUACCAGUUACUGACAAAAACACAGGCGUGCAUUUUCGUAACGCUUACUGCGCCACCUGCCAUGGGAUCGAGAACUAUACGUUCUGGCAAGUAAAUUUCAAUUGUUCACGGCCUGUCUACCUUGAAAAUUCUUCGAACCCCUUCAUCGAACUAGAAAAGAGUGACGCAUGCACAAAAACCAUUAUUCCCCCAUCUUGGAGCCCCAUCCGCACGUGCGAGCAUGUUAUCAGGGAGUGUUCGAAAGACUGUUCCAAUGAAAAAAUGAUCCGCGACUGCCAUCGUUACCAAUUGUACAUCGAAAAUAGAGACAGCUACAAAAACAAGUUUUGUGCCUUGUGCAACCAUGAGAAUUUACCCGACUUGAGGUGUAAACCAGUGACCGCCCCCAGUGGCAAACCAGGCACUGACAUUUCAUUUUUCUCCUUUAGAGUUAUCAUGGAUUUUAACAGCCUUGAUGGUCUUCGAAUUGGCGUCAAUACACAGCAGGAUGAGGGAGAUAUUGCUGGUAGAGAAACUUUAUUAGACUGUCAUGUUUUUGAUGCAUCUUGCCAGCCUAUUCAGUGCUCACUAGACUUCAAGCUUGUGGAAGGCGUCUGCAUGUAUAAAUACCCUUUAAGUGAUGUGAGAAUCGUGACGUCAUGGGUGACGAAAGACCCAAACGAGAGACUAACCUUCGUAAAAGGGAGUCCUUUUCAGAAAAUUCCUUAUUUUAAAGAGCAGAAAGCGGACAUAGCCCGAACACUGUCAAAGAUCUUUGAGACUGGAUUCCCCGUAUAUGGAACCGUUGUGACGAACUAUGUUGACACUUUUAAUCCUCGAGCUGCUACCAUGGAAAGCCGUUUUUUAUUAAAAUCUAUAGAGGCAAACGUUACCCAAAGCCAAAUUAAUGCAACUAUCAUCCUCUCGCUGGAUAUUGCACUUGAAUCAAUAAUUUCUGUCUUUAAUAAUGACUCAAAGAAAAUAUUUAAAUACGUCGGUAACACCUACAGCUUCGGUCCUUUCCACUCCGGGGUUAGUGACUGCCCUCGUAUUGGCCUUAAUACGUCCGAUUAUGACAUUUUGGGAAACGGGUCCAUUUUAGUUCAUGUCUCAAACACCCUGAUAGACAGAAAGGAUUAUCAAGUGUGGGAUAAUCGGGCAUGGGUAUGUGCUGAUGCUGUCAAUAUAUCAGAAGAACUAUUAAACAAUAAUUCAACGGGAAACAGCCAGAACGUUGAUUACUUAUCGCAAGCCGAAGGAAUAGUAACGGUCACAUUUUUAAUCAUAUCAUCUCUAUGUAUUCUUAUAAGGAUUGUCCUGCAGCCAUGUGUCGCCGUCUUUCGGACGUUUCCAGGGAGACUUCAAUUUUGCCUCGUUUUUGUCCUCUUCAUAUCGAAAGUCCUCUUCCUAAUGAGACCAUUUUUUCUUGGCAACGAAGUCGGAUGCCAAGUUAUUGCGGUAUUGUUCCAUUGGAGUGUACUGUGUUCCUUUCUCUGGAUGAACGCCAUUGCAGUCGACAUGACGCGGACAUUUAGCACGAAAUCGUCACUGACUUCCGACCGAUCGGAAGGGUCGAGAAAACGGUUCCUCACGUACCACGUCUUUACCUUGCUUUGCUCGGUCAUUGUCGUGGUGUCAUGCCUUGUGUUGGACUAUGCCCACAUCGACGAAAACUUCCAACCAAGUUACACAUCAGGGGUUUGCUGGAUUUCUAAAAAAUUUCCUCUGAUUAUAUUCAUGGUAGCACCGAUUGGUUUGGUCAUUAUUGUGAACCUGAUCCUUUUUGUCAUCAUCUCCCGUUCCAUCCGCGGUGCUAUGAAAAGAGCAGAGGGACUCAGUUCCUCGCAGAAUAAAAACCACUCAUUUGCUAUAUACGUUAAAAUAUUUGUCCUGAUGGGAGUAAAUUGGAUUUUUGGAUUCGUUGCCAGUUUGUUCCACGACCCUACUGUAUCCAAUAUUAUGUGGUAUAUUUUUAUUGUCACUGCCACAUUGGACGGUGUAUAUAUUUUUAUAGCAACCGUGUGUACCAAGAGGGUAUGGGAGGAACUGAAGAAAUUGAACGGGCUGAAAACUUGCCAUCUCACAUCUGAUUCCACUCCGCUAAAUUCUGUCUCGUCAAAUACCUGUAGAAACAGCAUGCCGUCGAAGAAAAGAAGCACCGAAGUUAGCUCGAUUUGA